GUAACCCGACAUGUAAUGAAGUGGACUUGUGUUCUUCCACCUACUAAGUGAUCAUACAGUAAUAACUGCUGAUUCAAGAACUCUCACUUAAAACUUAUUUCUCUUUAGUAUAUUUACCUGAACAGCAUCGUUGUAUCAGCGUUUCAUGAUUCUGAGUUUACCGUAAAAUAGAAAUAGGUACUAAUAAAACGAAAAAAAAGGAUCUAGUGUCAGUAUAUUGCUAAUACAAGCAAUCGUGACAGAAUGAACCGUCUUACACUGACUCGACAACUAGAAUUACCGUCUGCGCCCACUCAAUUCUUUUCGGGGAAUCCUUUGAAUCGUCUGUCCUUUCUUCGUUCGAAUAGAGAAUUUCUACAAAAGGCCUUUUGUUCUCCUACCACCAAAUUCCUUCCUUUCAGUGAUCUUAAUCCUGCUGUGGCUAUCAAGGAAGAAAAUCUCUUUACCCUGUCUUACCCCCAGAUUUCAAAAUACUUUCAUGUUUCUCCAUUUGAAAUUUCAGAGAAGCAGUUGGCUGAAAAGUAUAGCAACCAUUCCUUUUCUUUACCUACCUUAGUUUUUCUUGGUAAUAAUGAAAAUGGCAAUGGUAAUCAAGGAUGGGACCAGAAUAACGUUUUCGCCAUAGACGUAACCGAAAUUGAAGAACUUCAGAGGCUUGUACAAGAUAACGGGGCCAUUUUUGUAAAUUUGCGUAAUAUAUUUUCUAGAGAAUACAGCUUAAAAGCCUCCGAAUCUGGUGUUUGCGCUUUUGGUCGGUCACUCUUAGACUGGAUUUACAGAUAUAAGUUUUGUCCGGGAUGCGGUUCAAGGAACAUGCCUGUUCAGGGUGGGACAAAAUUAGUAUGUACUAAUGCUGUCAUGAAUCCUUCGUCCACUUGUCCAUCAAAACAAGGUAGUAACAACUAUCAGUUUCCUCGUACUGAUCCAUGUGUAAUUAUGGGUGUUCUUUCACAUGAUAUGAAUUCGAUCGCCCUUGGCAGAGCUGCAAAGCAUCCUCCAGGGUUGUACGCUUGCUUAGCAGGAUUUUUGGAGCCGGGUGAAAGCAUUGAAGAAGCUGUCAGUCGUGAGGUUUACGAAGAAUCAGGACUUGAAAUUGAGAAAGUUAUCUAUUAUACUAGUCAACCUUGGCCUUUCCCUCAGAGCUUGAUGCUAGCUUGCUUUGCCAUCGCCAAGGAGGAUACUGAAAUAUCUUUGGACAAGGACUUAGAGCUAGAAAACGUUCGUUUUUUUUCGAGAGAGGAAGUUUUAAAAUCGUUAGAAUGGAGUUCUGAUUCUCAAGCACCUCCUAUCCGUUUUCCUCCAGAGUUCUCGAUUGCCAAAAACCUAAUCAAAGCUUUUGCUUAUAACAAAUGGUAGGUGAAGUUUUCCUUAUGGCUGCAACUUAUAGUUGAAAAAAUAAACAAAUUAUUCAUGUAAUUUAACCCAUGUCUUCGAUAUCCCUAACUAUAUAGGUCUCAUUAUAUACAUAAACGACAAUAAAUAAUAUAAAUAACAGUAAGCCUC